AUGCGAUCGUGGAAGACGGCGUUAUCACGGGGAACAUGUGCUAUGUUCGGCAACCGUUGCUAUUCCUUGCUUCUUCAUCAUCAUCGUCGUGCACUCUCGAUGGAAUUAAUAUCACUCAUUCCAACAACUAUUAUUAUUUUAAUAACUAUUAUCACUGGUACUCAGGUGGAAGCUAUACAAUUUCCCCAAUCAUUAACAUUUUCUACGAUGAUAUCUUCAGGUCAGCAUGAUUCAAAAGAUAUUUUAUCUGGCAUACGUAUACCACGAAAUGCUAGCAAUUAUUUCAUUCAACGAUUACAGGAUUUAAGAAGAGAUAGAAAAUCGACCAAUUUACAUGCUAAUGAUAUUCGAAAUGAUAAUGAUUUAAUAAAUAGUCAAAAAUUUACGGAUAAUGAUGCAUCAUUGAUUGAUCGGAGCAUUCAAAUCAAUAGGAAUCAAUUUGCAGGAUUUCCAUUCUCAGAUCGUACGGCUGCUACAGUGAUUGGUGAGAAUCAACAGCAAAAAAAAUCACAAUUAUUUCAAGCACAUAAUAUAGCAGCAUUAGCUAAUUUGCCAUCGGUACAAUUUCAUCCAAAAUUAAUCCAAUCAAAAUUUUCAAGAUUAACAAAUCGAAAAGAUUGUAAUGGUAGUGAUUGUUUGAAAAAUAAUGAUGCCAUAUCGUUGUACAUACCGCGAGAAAAUAGCACCAACGAUGGACAACCACCACCAUUGCUUCUGCUAAGCAACAAUCCUUCCAGUAGUAGUAGUAGUAGUAGUAUUAGUAGUAGUAAUAAUCGGAAUAAUCGUAAUUCUCAACAAGCUACUACACUGAAAUUCUCUAAAUUGCAUACCGGAAUGAAGAUAAUGGGACCGGAUGUUGAGCAAUCUGAAAAGCCAAUUCAAUUAGCACCAACAGAUGCUUCCUACCAUAAUUCACAAGCAAAUCCCAGGAAUCAUGGUAUAUAUGAUAGUGUGAAAUUAUCCGAGAUUGGACCAAUACCACCGUUUGCCGGUGGUGCAGAAUUGACGGAUUUCAUACAGCCUGUUGAUACGGCAAUGCAAACCCAUCGUAUAUACGAAAAUAUCAUUCCAAAUCAUAUUUCACCUACUGCUUACUAUGAUAAAAAUAAGCAUUAUUUACUAUCAGCAUCGGGAAAUCGCGGUAUUUAUGGUGAUGACUUUUAUCCAGCACAAUUGACACCAUUCAGUCCAAAAUUGGAAAUUUAUGAACCAGUAACCUUUUCAUCACCUUCUUCUAUUUAUUCCACUUAUUCUGCUCAAAUUACGAAUCAUCUUACAUCAUCAUCAUCAUCAUCAUCAUCAUCAUCAUCAUCAUCAUCAUCAUCAUCAUCAUCAUCACCAUAUGAAUCACAAUAUGAUUUAUAUUCG